AUGCCAAAGAACAGCAAAGUGACCCAGCGGGAGCACAGCAGUGAGCAUGUCACCGAGUCGGUGGCCGACCUGCUGGCUCAUGAGGAGCCCGUGGACUAUAAACGCAGCGUCCUCAAUGUGACAGGGGAGGCUUGGGACAAGCAGAAGGAUGGGGAGGAGGAGCUGGAAGCAGAAAACAGGCCGGCGUGGAACAGCAAACUGCAAUACAUCCUGGCACAGAUCGGCUACUCUGUGGGGCUGGGAAACGUCUGGCGUUUCCCUUACCUGUGCCAAAAGAAUGGAGGAGGUGCCUACCUGGUCCCAUACCUGGUCCUGCUUGUCAUCAUCGGGCUCCCACUGUUCUUCCUGGAGCUGGCAGUGGGGCAGCGGAUCCGAAGGGGCAGCAUUGGUGUCUGGAAUUACAUCUGUCCCCGCCUCGGUGGUAUCGGCUAUGCCAGCUGCCUGGUCUGCUUUUUUGUCGGUCUCUAUUACAACGUCAUCAUCGGCUGGAGCAUCUUUUACUUCUUCAAGUCCUUCCAGUAUCCUCUUCCCUGGAGCGAGUGCCCCAUAGUCAAAAACGGCUCCAUGGCUGUUGUGGAGACUGAAUGUGAGAGGAGCUCAGCCACCACCUACUUCUGGUACCGGGAGGCUCUGGACAUCUCCAACUCCAUCUCAGAGAGUGGGGGACUCAACUGGAAGAUGACCCUCUGCCUGCUGGUGGCCUGGAGUCUCGUUGGCUUGGCUAUGAUCAAAGGCAUCCAGUCCUCGGGGAAGGUGAUGUAUUUCAGCUCCCUCUUCCCCUACGUGGUGCUGGUUUGCUUCUUGGUGCGGGGUCUCCUGCUGCGUGGGGCUGUGGAUGGGAUCAUGCACAUGUUCACCCCCAAGCUGGACAAGAUGCUGGACCCCCAGGUGUGGCGGGAGGCAGCCACUCAGGUGUUCUUUGCCCUGGGAUUGGGCUUUGGGGGGGUCAUCGCCUUCUCCAGCUACAACAAGCAGGACAACAACUGCCACUUUGAUGCCACACUCGUCUCCUUCAUCAACUUCUUCACAUCCGUCCUGGCCACCCUGGUCGUGUUCGCCGUGCUGGGCUUCAAGGCCAACAUCAUGAAUGAGAAAUGCGUGGUGGAGAAUGCUGAGAAGAUCUUGGGGUACCUGAACACCAACGUGCUUAGCCACGACCUCAUCCCACCCCAUGUGAACUUCUCCCACUUGACGGCCAAGGACUACAACGAGAUGUACAGGGUGAUCAUGACGGUGAAGGAGGGGCACUUCAAAGAGCUGGGCUUGGACGCUUGUCUGUUGGAGGAUGAGCUUGACAAGUCAGUGCAAGGAACUGGCCUGGCCUUCAUCGCCUUCACAGAAGCCAUGACCCACUUCCCAGCCUCGCCGUUUUGGUCCGUCAUGUUCUUCUUGAUGCUGAUAAACCUGGGGCUGGGCAGCAUGAUUGGGACCAUGUCAGGCAUCACCACACCCAUCAUCGACACCUUCAAGGUGCGGAAGGAGGUGUUCACAGUUGGUUGCUGCAUCUUUGCCUUUUUGGUGGGUCUGAUCUUCGUGCAGCGCUCCGGGAACUAUUUUGUCACCAUGUUUGAUGAUUAUUCAGCCACGUUGCCACUCACCGUCGUGGUCAUCUUGGAGAACAUCGCCGUGGCCUGGAUUUAUGGCACUAAGAAGUUCAUGCAGGAGCUGACAGAGAUGUUGGGUUUUCGGCCCUAUCAGUUCUACUACUACACCUGGAAGUACGUCUCUCCCAUCUGCAUGGCCGUGCUCAUGACUGCCAGCAUCAUCCAGCUGGGAGUCAGCCCCCCGGGAUACAGCGCGUGGAUCAGAGAGGAGGCUGCAGAGAAGUUCCUUUUCUACCCCACCUGGGCCAUGGCCAUCCUCAUCUCCCUGAUCAUCCUGGCCUCCCUCCCUCUGCCUCUGGUCUUCAUCCUCCGGCAGUUCCACCUGGUGUCAGACGGCUCCAACACCCUCUCGGUCACCUACAAGAAGGGUCGGAUGAUGAAGGACAUCUCCAACUUGGAAGACAACGAUGAGACGCGUUUCAUCCUGAGCAAGGUGCCGAGUGAGACCCCGUCCCCAAUGCCCACACACCGUUCCUACCUGGGUCCUGGCAGCAACAACUCCCCUAUGGAGAUGAGCAGCGCACCCAAUGGACGCUAUGGGAGCGGGUACCUAACGGCCGGCACCCCCGAGUCCGAACUGUGAUGGUGGGCAGCCAAACCACCCCCUGGGAGAGGAGAGGUGGUUGGGGAGUGGAUCCUGGCUGUCCAGGCAAUGGGAAAACUAAGAAAGAAGAAACCCCUCUUUAAGUUGUAACCAAAAGCAGCCAUUCCUAGGGAUGACAUCGGGACUGCGGGAGGGGCAGGACUCCUCCAACAGCCCUAUGGGAAGGGCAGGACCUGGGGCUUGCCUUAGGGAAGGGAGGAGCAAGGGAUGCUGCCAUGCUUUCCCAAGGGUUGUCCUCUUGCAGCUGAAACCCGAAGCAAAGAAUCUCUGUUUUCAAGCAGCUGAUGGUUGGAAAAAGGACCUGGCGUCAGGUGGGAAGCCAGCCAUGCUUCCUCCUGCUCUCUGCCCUUCAUCUGUUGUCCUUGAGCUGGGAGGAGCCACGGCCUUAUUCCAACGAGCACAAUUAACCCUCGAUGUUCAUAGCACAAAAGGGUGCUGCCGUUGUUUGCCAUCGUUGUUGUUGUUGUAUCUCCUGUAGUUUUUCUAGCUGUGGACACACUCAGCCCCAAUGUCAUGGCCAGGGAGUUGAGUUAUGGUGAUGUGUGGGGCCACAGCUGGUGGCUCUAUGGUGGCUGCCCCAUCACCACCAGCACAGGGGCAGCAUCUUCAGGCUGUUCCUAGUUGUCUGUGGGGUGAUGUGUGGUCAGUGUGCUCUGGGUUGUAGGGAUGGUGUGGUCUGUGGGCAGGCAGCUCCUCCAAAGGGAGGGAUUUCAUGUGAGGUUUGGAAGGGCAAUGGGGAUGGAGCUGGGAGCACACUGCUGGGAUGGCUCUGCACAUCCCUGGUGUGGUGGUGGUCUCCUCUUGCUGCUUUCUUUAGGCACAUGGAGCUGUGGGGUAUCUGGCCCUACAUCAGCCCUGCUUUGGGUCUCAGGAAGCUGCCCUGAGCUGUGGGGAUGUGAGCUGGCUUUUGUGGAUGGCAGAUGGAAGGAUGUAUCUGAGCAGUCCCAGCAUCCCCAUCAGCUGCAUCCAUGCUGCUGAGCCCUCUGUGGUGCACGUGGAUGCAGAGCUGUGUGAGUGAGGAAGGUCUGUUGGGGUCUCCCAGCUCUGAGUUUCUCCCCCUGACACUGAAGGCUCCCCUGAUUCAAACACAAAGCCAAGCAUUUCUUAUGGGAGUGAAGUACGGAGUGGCCAUUCCUUGUUUCCCCAUGGGCACAGGGGAGCAGCACCUGCUGCCUUGGCACUUUCUAUGGUCUCAGAAGCUGAGUGAGCUCCAUACUUCAGUUCUGUUGGGCUGAGACCACACGGGGGGGCAUUUCAAACACUCUAACCUUGCUUCCCCACCCAUGGGUGGGAGGUUCCCCACUGUAUAUCUCUGGUGGGUUGGGGUCCUGUGUUUGUAGUCCUUCUCAUUGCAGGCUGAUGGCUCACAGUGGCCAAUUAGCACAGGCCCUUCGUUAGCCAGGGUAGAAACAAAGAUGGGGACUGAACCAAAGCAGCUCACCCUGCUGAUGGUGGGGGAAGCACCAGCCCCAGGAUCAGCUGCUCUCCAGCCCUCAUCCACAUCAACCUUCUCCUCCUGCCCCUAUAGAGCGACACAGAGAUAUCCCACUGCAUCACCUCCAAAUGGGAGAAGCACAAAACCCAUAUUCCCCCCCCCCUCUAUCCCCACUUUCCCCCAUCACUGCCCAGUGUCACCUUCCCAGUGGCAGUGACUGAGCCCAGGGGCUGGAUCCCCAUUAGCUCCCAUGGAGUUAGGGAGCGGGGCACCUCACCAGGUCCCAUCUGCUGCCAUGAUGUGAUGCUCCUCGAGCCAUGGGAGGGAGAGGGGGAGAAAACACUUCAUUCCCCUCCCAUUGCCAUUCCCAAACUGGAUAGGGAGGUGCUCAUUUCCCAACCCCUCUUAUUGAAGCACCAAGAAGAGGCGAACCAAAUAGGAAGGUAACAAGAAAGCUAUAUUAUAUAUAGGUAUAAAUAUAUAAAAUAUUAUAUGCAGAGAGAGGAGAUGGAAUCAUAACCCACAGAUUCUCUAUUUCUAUUGUAUAUUUAUUCUGUAAAUGUCACUGUAAAUGCUGUUAAAUGACAGAGUGGCCCGUGACCCUAUUUUCAUCCCCAGUGCUGUACAGAUCAAUUCUCACUGUAUAUGGGACAGAUUUAUACCUUCUUAUUUCUCGUGCGUGGUGGGUUGCUGUGUGCCCCCCCCUCAAACCCAGACCCCCACCAUAGGGGCUAUGGGGUGGUGGUGGUGGGGGGUGGAUGCCUUUCUUUUUACCUGUGGAAGUUGUGUAUUUCUCGUGGUGUUUGCUCGGUGUUAGACACAAGGGGGUCUGUGGAUGGGGGGGGUGGGGGUGUGUGAAGCCGUAGGUGCUCCGUGUUGUCGCUGUGUGCGUGUGUUUGUCGAUGCUGUGCGUGGGGUGUGCGCGUUGGUGUCGCGUUUGGGGUCACUUACUGCUGUACUCGGGCACUUCGGGAGCCUAUGGGGGGCUAUGGGGGGAGCUUUCCCCCCUGGGUUAUCCCCCCCCACCCCGUGCACCUUUUCGGGGUCGAUCCCCGGUGACUUUUAGCCCUGGCGAUCACUUUUAGUUCGUUUUCUCCCCGCAGAGGCACAGGGAACAGCUGAUAGCUGAGAGCACAGGCACUUUCCAGUUUCCCUUCGGGUGGUCGGAGCAAGAGGGGUGGAUGCUGCCGAUGCCCCUUUCCCUCCCCUCCCACCUCACUCCCCUCCCUACCCAGCCCAUAUCCCGCUGCUCAGAGCAGGGCUGGACCAGGAGCCCCAUUAAGAAGGGCUUCCCCUCCUGCCCCCCCCCCAGCAGCACCCCCUGCACCCCAGCUGCUCCCGCUGCCUCCCUCACCCCUCCACCCCAAUGGAGCGGGGUGUGUGGGUGCCCUGUUGGCUCUGCCGACCCCCAGGGGCAGCUCAAUCCGGGCAGAGCCCCCUCAGCACACGGGCUGCUCCGCUGUGGGUAAGCACAAUGCUGGCCAAGCCCUCCUUGUACAGGUAAAAGCACAGAUAUGGUAGAAACUCGUCCCAUGUAUCCUCGUAGCCGGUGUAUUUAACACUCGUGCCGUGCCGGCCGGACUCCUCAGCAGGUGAGGAAAGCCUUGUAAUGGAGUCCAAUUAAAAGUCUGUUCUUACCAAGUC